CGUAGUAGCCUUUCGUCGAUGGUAGACGUAUUUCGUGGACAGAAUAAACCUGGAUGCAUUUUCGCGUCGAUCUCCCGUGUGUAAACUGACAUUUUGUUUUGGUUGUGUUUGUGUGACUUUGGUGCAAUCCCCGCACCGCGCGCGCGUUUCUCUCGCGCGAAGAAGUAAAAGAAGCUCUGUUGCAACCGCGAGCGGAUGCAUGCGUACCGUUUUGUUUGCGUAGGAGUGAGCGAGAAAGCGGUGUGGUGAAACGCAUUGGUUAGAGCGGUUAGGAUUGAUUUUGAUUCCCCCAUGCUUGAGGGAACGGACGCGACUUUCGGAUUGCUGUGUAAUAACAAUCAAUCGUAGUAAUAACUCAAUCGCGAGUAUAAAUCAAAAUGAGUGAAGUUGAAAAUUGUACAACCCACCAUCUGGGUAGGGUGGUGAAUUUAUUCUCUGAAUGUUAAAAACGUCAAACUUCCACCCAGCCAGGUUGUGGUUGCUUCGGUGUGAAAAUAGUGCGCUGAUGGUGUUUGUGUUGCCGCCGCCGCUGUCGUUGUUUAUGGAAGAAGGAAACAUAUCGGAGCGAAGUGAAUGAAAUUGUUUAAUGAUUGUACAAAAGUGAAAGAGCUUAGCAGUAGCUGCGAAGUGCGACCAACCGACAACAGAAAAGCAAAACAUAAAGAAAAAUUCCGUAAAUAAAGUUGAGUGUUACACCCCCGGAGAAUUUGAUUGUCGAAUUUACGAUGUGAAGUGACGACGAGAUAGAAGAACCGAAAGUGAAAGAUUCCAUCCAUACCAAACAUAUCGAAUCAAAACUAAGCCGCUGUUUGUGAUUGAUUUUAGUGUAUCGAAGCUGUUCGGAUUACUGUUUUUGGAUCAUCGUCGUAGUGGAAAGCAGCUGUAGCUCGUACAAUAAUUAGUACAGUAUAGUUGGAUUUACUGGCGGUCAGUGAGAAGAGUUUCUUAUCGACGACGACGAAGCGGUUGUGGCCUGGGAAAAUCGGCUACUGGUGCAAAAGCAAGCCGAAGAAAUUGUCGGAGCCCAUAUGGACAGGCAGAUAGAAAGAGGCACAGCAGAGUGAAAUCAUUCAAAAAGGUGGCAAUUCAGUCAGGACAGGCAGCUGAAUCAACAUGAGAACGAACCGUCGUCGUCCAUUCGUUAUUCUGCGCUCAACAACCACAACACUCUUCACUUCCGAGCGUUACAGUCCAAGAUAGUAAGCGUUGUAUGUGCCGCGAUUGGAGCCGGAUUGAAGAACGCGCGCGGCAAAAAGUGACCACACAAUCAAAAUCGUUCCUGAAAUGGCCAGCCAUCACGGCAGCGCCACUAACAGCGAUAGCAACAAUGGGAAUCUCGGUGCCGAAAGGACUCUAGUGCGGUUGUCCUCGUCGUGUAUGUUGUCAGUCUGGAGCAGCGAACUGGAAGUUAAGUCGAUCGGUUUCGAGCUGGGUUGCCUCGCUAAGGGGGUCGGCGUUUGAUACUCACUUACUCUGGAAACAGCGUGCGAAGCUAGGGGCUGUUAAGAGAUUGAUGGUCCUUCUUCAACACUUGACUACGUUCAUUUCCUGCCUGUGUAGUGUGUCUUUUACGAAGGGAAAGUGUUUUGUUUGUUAUCAGUAGGUGAAAUGCGGUGCAAAGAGUAAGAUAGCGCUAUGCUAAAUUUUGUUCUGAAGAAUGUGUAAGCAAUGAAAUUCAAUGUCUGAUUUAUGAUUCGUCGCGCGUGUGAGUGAAAAUGAAUUCCGUGUUUUCCGCAUUUAAAUCUUCCGCGAAACACGAUGGCAAACAAAAGUCAUCGAGCGGGAAAAAAAUCGCCCAAGAUCAGCCCAGUAGCUAUGAAAAGCUACGGCACAUCCGGGAAAUCAGCUGCAAUAAGAUGAACAACCUGGUGGUGCUAGGAGACCGUCAGGUUGAAACGGCAAAUGGCGGAGGUGGUUCAUCACAGUCUUGUACUACCACCCCGGUCCAAAGUCCUUCGAGCGAGAAGAGCAUGGAACUGGAGCUGGAAACAUCAUCCGGUGUUGGGGUGGAUCAGGUAGACCGGGCCAUCCCAUCGCCGUCGAACGAAUCCGGUUUACCGGAAUUUUCCGUUGCAUCAGUAACAAAACCAACGGCAACCACUAAGGCUGACACAUCGAGUGAUAGUUUAGGCGAUAGUAUAGUAGUGAACAAACCUCCUUCGGGGGCAGCAGCUGUGGCAGCGGCUGCGGCUGCCGCUGCCGCAGCAACAACAACGAUCAACGGCGUUGCUGGCAGCGGAGUCUUUGCCAUUCCUGCCGCUCCCGCUUCAUCGUUAAACAUUCCGACCAACAACAGUAGUAACAAUAGCAGCAACAGCAGUAGCAGCAAUCAAUGGAGCGUUGUCAGUGCCAGUAGUCGCUUCCACAAGCCUAGGCUCAGUCUGAGCAACAGUCUCGGACUGACCGGGAGCAGUAGUAGCAACAGUAGCAUCAGCAGCAACAGCAAUGCAAUGCCUUCGGUGCACGGGCGCACCGGUGGGGGCGGAAGUGCCAGCAACGGGCAAACCGGAGCACCCCAGAAGACCAGACUGUCGACGCACCAAAGAAAUCUUAGCUUAGACUUUAGAUCAAUGGGAAUCUUAUUACCUCCAGUGUCACAGGUGACAAAUACUCGAAUAAACAUGACCCAGCACCAUAGAAAUCGCAGCUUGGACAGCGCUCUCCAGCGGAUACCGGAGGUGGAGGUGUCGUCGCCCAGUGCCGAAUCGGAAAACACCUUGUGCACGAAUUCGAUCCUCGGAACGACGAUGUGCACCAAAAUCAUCCAGUCCUCCUCGACGAAUCCGACCAACACGCCAGCCAUUACGCGGGGGAACAGUAGCGGCGUGGAAGAUGGCAACACCGGCUGCAGCAGUAGCCGGAGUAGUAGUACCAGCAGCAACUGUGGUGCUGGAAUGAUGGACGUAAGCGGAGCUGGAUCUACGCUUGCAUCAUCAGGAACAACGCGAUCAGGAAAAUUAGCCGAUGGUGACGCCCAUGGCGGAAAAGAAAACGAUAGCAAAAAGAGGGAAGAUUUGACCAGCCUAGGGUCGGACGACUCCGGUAUAAUUUGCGGAUCGGAACCGGACCACACAUCCCUGACGCGGAUCCGCCGCUCCCGUGAAAGUCUCGAUUCGGGUGAGAUUGAUCCUUCGGAGGAGGAGUGCAUCGAAAUUUUGGAAACAACUUCGAUGGACGAGGAGUACCGCAUGCUCCAAUCAGAUCUGUGCUUUUACCCGCUAACGCUGACCUCCAAUGCGGGAGGGGCAGAUGGUCAGAGCACCGGUAGUAGUACGAUCGGCGGCAGUGGUAGCGGCACCAGAGAUAGUCGAAGUGCCAAGUCAUUCGAGAGUAGCGUCUCAUCGUCUUCCACCACAGACCCGGCUAUCAUUAGCGAAAAGAUUCGCUAUCGGGAACACAACAUGAACCGUGCUGCCAUCAUGCUGGAGACAAUUUGCGUCCCGAUCGACUAUGAAGACGGUCCUGCCGUGGAAAACGAUGUUGCUGCACCAGUAACGGGUGAGGACGAGGUAGACGCGGAAACACCUGUCGUGUGCGAAAGUAGACCGAUUAUUCCCGGAGGAGAUGAAGAAGCAACCACACCGGUGGUGGAGACGAAGGAUGCAAUCCCAGUAAACCCUGUGCCAAGUACUACUAGCCAAAAGAGCGACCAAAAGAAUGAGAUCAUCUUCAGAAACUUUUUUGGCGCUACCAAGAAUGCCAUUUUCCGAACAGCCCAGAGCAUUAUUGAUAAUCAUGAAAAGAAAAAUGCGAAAAACAAAGAAAAAGACGAGGAGAAAGUGAAAUCUCCCACGGAGAUUUCUAAGAAGCGAGAGUUUGGAGUUUUGCGAUCAAGGAUGAGGAAAUCGGAAGCAUCAAAUAGUAGCAGCAGUGCUGCUGCAACAAACAAUAGUAAUACUGCAGCAAGUAGUAUCAACACUUUAAGUCCGGAUACGCUGCAAUCCCCAGAACUAGAACACAAAAGUCUUUCAAAAUCAUCGUCCACAAGCUCGCUAAAAGUGCCGGGAGUCGCGGUUGCCACCUGCAUGAACCCAAAGGAAAUCAUCGAACCUCAAAUUAAGACCGAACGGGGCCAAAGCGGUUUGCUAAGGUUCUUCGAAUCACCGGUUUUCAAUAUCCACUUUGCCGUCCACUACCUGUUCUACUCGAAGGAACCGGGUGUCCUCAGUUUCAUCGGAAACAAAAUCUUUAGCUUCCCCGAUAUCGAAGUCGAUCUCUACAUCCCGCAGCUGAUCGUAAUGUACAUGCAAAUAGAAGAACUUUCUGAAGUUUUAGAUCCGUACCUGGUCUACAGAUGUCGGAGAUCCGUAGACUUCUCGCUGAAAUGCGUUUGGCUCCUGGAGGCUUACAAUUUCAACAUGGGAAUGCUGAGCAAUAAUGGGAACUCCAUUCGAAAACACUUGACCCUGCUGAAAGAGCUCUACCCCAAACGGGAGAGGAAACAACAACUCAAAGCGAUGGAGUCCCUACCACCGACUGUCACCGACACCGUCAAAAAGACUCACCAUCGGUCCCAAUCGGACGCUACGGGUCUGAUGGGAUCGCUCUCCCUAAACCCAAAGCUAUACCCUUCGCUUGCCAAACCGCUGUGUCUUGGCGAUCUCAGCAGUGGCCGCGCAUUCGAUAACGGCUGCGUUUGCUUUGAAUCCGUCCGAGGUACGGUCAACGGUCUUCUUGGUCAGCAAACCAUCUGCUCUUGCGGAGCCCCAAAACUGACUCCGGAACGAGAGUUCAUGAAAUCCCUCAUCGAUAUCGGACGCAUGCUAACUUCCCUGCAAACCAAAAUUGAAAAGACCUCCCGGUUGAGGAUACUGCUCAACCUGAUCAACAAGAACCUCCCGGCCCGUGUAUGGCUUCCACUGCACUCCGAAACUCCGCACCACGUGGUACGAAUAACGGAAGAGAAAACGGCCGUACUGAACUCCAAGGACAAAACGCCCUACAUCAUCUACGUGGAGGUCGUCGAGGUGAACGACAUCUACACCUCGCCGGUGAUUCCGAAGAUGAUGCCCACCCUGAGGCACACCAAAAGUGAGGAACGAUUGGACAGUGGCGCCCAACCGAACGCUUCGUCCGAAACAAACAUUCCGGCUGCAACUGCCACGUGUGCUGUAACCGGCCACACGCAACCUAGCGCGAAGCUGCGCGUAUCGAAAAUGUCCGAGUGCUCGGCAGGAGGUGAGCUGGCGUCGCCCGGUGCAACCCUCGGGGGAUAUGCGUCCUCCAGCGGUCUGGGGAUGUACGACUUCGGUUUCACCGAGGACGACGUGUGGUCUCAGGAGGAUGACGAGAUCACGGCGCAGUACCUGAAUCUGCACAAAAGCCUCUCCGAGCGGGACAGCAUUUCGCAGUUUUCGAUGGAUUCGUACGAUUCGCGAGAACAAUCGACCCCGGCGGUCUUCAAUAUAGGUGAGGUUCGGAAUCGACACUGUGCCAAUCUGUGCUCGGAGAGUACACGGCCGUUUAGCAAUGAUCCGGAGGAUCCAUCGGCUGCCGUUUUGAAGGAGCCCUGGCACGAGAAGGAGCGACAAAUUAAGGAAAGUUCACCUUACGGACAUUUGCAGAACUGGAAGUUAUUGUCGGCUAUCGUCAAGUGUGGUGAUGACCUACGGCAAGAACUGAUGGCAACACAGUUAUUAGAGAUGUUCCAGCUGAUUUGGAAAGAAGAGAAGGUGGAUCUGUGGGUGCGCCCUUACAAAAUUGUCUGUCUGUCGAACGAUUCUGGUCUGAUCGAACCGAUCCUCAACACCGUAUCGCUGCAUCAGAUUAAGAAAAACUCGAACAAGAGCCUGUGCGACUACUUUGCCGAUGAAUACGGUGGCGACGAGGAAGAUUCGGAUCGCUUUAGGGAAGCCCAGCGCAACUUUAUGCAAUCGUGUGCGGCGUACUGUUUGAUUUCCUACCUGCUACAGGUCAAGGAUCGCCAUAACGGAAACAUCCUGCUUCAUUCCGAUGGACAUCUAAUCCACAUCGAUUUCGGAUUUAUCCUCAGUAUAUCUCCUAAGAAUUUAGGUUUCGAACAAUCGCCCUUCAAGCUUACACCGGAGUUCGUGGACGUGAUGGGCGGUCCCUCAUCGGAGCUGUGGUUGGAGUUCAAGCAUCUACUUCUGGAGGGAUUGAAAGCCGCGCGGAAGCACAUGGAUCGUAUCAUCAACAUUGUGGAGAUUAUGAGGAGCAGCUCCCAGUUACCGUGUUUCAAGAACGGCUGCUCCGGUACGGUGCGCAAUCUACGCAACAGGUUCCACAUUAACCUAACGGAGCAAGAGCUAGAACGCAAGGUCGAACAGCUCGUCCAGGACUCGCUGAACUCGUUCACGACUAAAUUGUACGAUAGCUACCAGUACUUCACCAACGGCAUUUUGUGAGAGCAAUUUUUCAUGAAGAUCUAAGCAUGUGGCGCAAACUGGUUGUUCGGUGUCCGAUGCAUGCAAUAGUAGUAGGCGCAGAAGAAAGGGAAGCGACGAUGAGGUAAGGCAGUAAUUGCAAAAUCCCAGAUGGCCAUGGUUGAAGGAGACAAUUAUAAAUGAAAAAAGUACAAAAAAAGUUUCUAUUCAUGUUUCCUUUGUUUAUUUUUUGGUUUUGUAACAAAAAUAUACACAUUCAUUAUCGAUCCAAUGAAAAUCGAUGAACACCGUA